GUAGUGACACUGACACCGGCUCUGGAUGCGGCCAAUGGCUAGGUUUGGGGGAAAAGGGCGGGGAUUUAAAUGUUGAGGUGAAAACGUGAAAACAUGGAUGUAGUAGGAGCACCACGCUAGUCAGUGGUCGUCGGACAGAAGUUCUGCAUCGGUGAUUUUAUUGUGCACCAAUAGUUUAAAAAUGGGAAAAACGAAAAAAGUCGUAGCACAGCUGAAGAAACAAGCACGGAACGCACGCUGGAAGUUAACAUAUGAAGACGUGUGCUCUGAGGAACCACCUGAGCCCAAUCUAAGAUUCUUCACGAGGGCUGUGGUCAAUGGUCAACCCUUUCCCAUUGGUGGGGGAAAUAACGCAAAGGAAGCCAAGCGGAAUGCAGCUAAAAAUGCCCUGGAAGGUUUAAGAGAGAAGGAGAACCCCAAACCAGUGACAAAAACAGCUGCAAAAGUUCCUCAGAAAACGGCCACUAAAGUUUUAGGCGUGCUAAAUAAAAAUGUUCUGAAGGACAGGGUGGAUAUGAAAGCUGGGCAAUCAACCAGACAAGAUCCACAUGAUGCUCCCCAAUGCUCUAGCUUUGUAGUUGGUGAUAAGGAGCGUCCAGCUGUUCCUGGGAAAUCAACGAAGGACGCUAAGGAGGAAGCAGCAGAGACCUCCUCCGGGAAUGAUGAUGUUGCUGAAGCCAGACCACCAACUGCAAUGGACACCCGUGAUGCAAAAUCAAAAAGCGUACCAAUGACUGACUUCAUCAAUUCAUCAAGUCCUACCGAGGAUGAGGAACAAGAUCCUGUUGUGAAGCCCAAAACACGCUUCCCGCUGGUGGGCGCGCCCCCCAGGUUGGAAACCACUGAUCCAAGCUGUAAAUCAGAGAAUCAGGAAGUGAACACAGGAAACUGUCCCAAUGAUCAGACAUCAACCAAAUCAGAAAUGUCAAGGUUUUCACCAGGCUUUGACUGCAUAGAGAAGAUCGGCCAAGGAUCCUAUGGUCAAGUUUUUAAGGCAAGAGACAAACUGGCAAAGAAGUAUCGUGCAAUAAAGAUUGUACGAUGUGGAGAGACUGAAGAAGCUCUGAAAGAGGUGAAGACAUUGUCAGACCUCGAUCACCCUAACAUUGUGCGAUACCUCCUCAGUUGGUUGGAGGAUUCAGGAUACAGUCCAGAUGAGAGUGGCAGUUCUACACGGAACCGCUACCUAUAUAUUCUGACUGAGUUGUGUGUAAAAUCGCUCAGAGUGUGGAUAGAUGAGAACAAUGAGAAGAAAUCUCUGCCAGACCCCAAGAGAAGAGAAGAGGCUCUCACGAUGUUUCAGCAAACAGUCAGAGGAGUCGAGUACAUUCACUCUAAGACGCUCAUCCACAGGGACCUGAAGCCUGCCAACAUCAUGAUUGGGCAAGAUGGACAAGUGAAGAUCGUAGACUUUGGUAUUGUCACACUUGAUAACGAUCCUGAGAACCUGAGGGAGAGAUCGAUGGGCAAAGGAACCCCUUCAUACAUGGCUCCUGAGCAGGAAAGGCAAAAGACUUAUGACCGAAAAGUUGAUAUCUUUCCUUUGGGGUUGAUAUACUUUGAACUCCUCUGGAAAAUGUCCACCCGUUGUGAAAGGGCCAAGGGUUGGACCGACCUCAGAGAGCAGAAAUUCCCCAAAGAGUUUCAACACAAUUUCCACCAAGAGUACCUCAUAAUAAAGCCAAUGCUGUGUGAGAAGCCAGAACAGCGACCCGAAGCAAGUCAGAUCCAUGCCGACUUGAAAAAGAUCUCUGAUAGCUUCGACAUUGAAGCAAUCGAAUGUCGCGGAAACAGGACUGUCUGAUCCAAGCCCCCAGGAAGUGCUCUGUGCCCAAAAUGCGUUGUGUCCAAACGGCGGUACUGAAAUUACCGUAUCAGUCCGUGACGUCACCCGGCCCAAAAAUACUUUUCCCCAUUGGCAUGCUCUGUGAGCGCACAUACGGGUACUUCUGCUCUGACAGC